GUACUCUGAUAGUUUGUAUCGUACAACUGGUUUUUCAAUUCCUUCUUGAAGUCCUUGCUUUCCUUAGUCAUCGUUUCCCCCCUCCCUCGGUUGAAAUGGCCACUGCGAUUCUUCCUUCCCACAGCUAUCUUCAGACCCGGGUUUGCCCAGAAACCCUAUCAACUCCUCUCAAAUCUCCCCGAAAUUCUAGUCCUAAAGGCUCCCACUCCCGCCGGCGUAGGCGAUCUCCCCCUUCUAUCCAAUCCAGUCCUCAGCAUCGAGAUCGUUCCCUGGUGGCCAUGGUUCCUGCCAAGAACAUGGUCAUGGGCCAGGUCAGGAUCCUGAAGCGCGGCGAGACGUUGAGCCAGACGAAGGUUAGUGAUAAUCGGAAGUCGAGGGCGAAGAAGGAACGAGAUCUGAACUUGGUGCUGGGAUCCACGGACCGGCUAGGUCCGGACCCGGAGACCGUCCAGAGGCAGAUUAGGGUUUCCGAAUUCAAGGUAAACGAUGGAAUCUACGGCGGAUCUUCAGUCGUCGAGUCGCCGCCUCCAUGUUCCCUUCCUGUCCCUGGCUUCUUGGGGAAGAACAGCGGCUCGGCAACAAGUGAUUUGCGCCGGAUUUUGCGCCUCGAUUCAGUAUGAUGGGUUUUUGUCAUCAGUCUGAAAAGUCGGAGGUCCUCGUGUUGGUGAUUGUUAUACAUGGCUCUCUGAAGUCUUUCUUCUUCAUGUUUUUGUUCAAGAGGAUGGCUUUGGAGGUCGAUCGAAGUAAAUUAGUUAAUUUGUAUCAAUAUAUUUUCGAAUUGUCUUGUUGGAAGUUGAACGGCGGAGAUUGGAUCAAUCGCUCCUACCCCGCAAGACAAAACGAGAGUAAAAGUAGUUUCAGAGUUUUCUCGAAGAUUAACAAUAGGAUGGCUAGUGUUUGCUAACUUAUUUAUUCUUAUAGCUUGCCUUUAUGGUAUGGUCGAUGUGUGUAUUUAACAAUAUACAGGGCACAGCGUGUGUCUGUCUGUGUGGGUGUUGGGGUUUCAUUGAAGUUGAUUUAGGAUUUCUGUAUGUGCUAAUCCUUAAUAUCAUGUUGUGGGGUUGUGCCAGUUUACAGAAAGAAUAAGAAUUAUAAGAUCUAGAUUGAGUAGCAUGA